AUUAUGAAUAAACAGAAUGCUGCCAUUCUUAGAUUCUCCCUGCUUCUGUCAAAAAUGAAGCCAAAGUGUGAGGAAACCCUCUUAUACAUGGUUGUGGCCAGCUGCCUCUGUGUGGCUACUAUCUACACCAGCGUUUUCGAAAGUGUUUUUGUAGAAAUGGGCUAUUAACACUCUCCAGUGCCCAGUCUGUCCAUCUUCCUAGCCAUGCCCUUCAAUUCAAUCAUUAACAUAGCCUACAUGGUCCUGGGAGUGUACUGGUUACAAGAAAUAGCUCCUUACCUUAAGAAUGUCUUUGCUAGCAUGGUCCUGGUCUAUGGCUCUUUUCAGUGGCUGUGGAUCUGGACCCAGGCAUACCCCACUGUCAUGCUUGAUCCUCACUUUAUCCAUUUUUUUUUUGCAUGGCCAGUGACUUAGUGCUUCUCCCUAUACAGAGGUUGGAAGCCCUGGUUGUUGCUCUGCUUUGAGUGCUCCCUAUCAAGUUACAACCUUGCCCUUUGUCCACAGGAGUUUGAGGUAGCAGUGGGCACUCGUGCAACUGUUGGAGAUGCCCUGUGCACCCAUAGACAGUACAGUAGUAUCUCCAUAGCCACCUAUUAGUUAGCUUUGGGCCUGCUGUCAUACCUGAGUUUUGUGGUCCUCAAGAUGCGUGAAUGCCGGGCGUUGAUGCGUGAACAUCAGCUUUCACAAUGGCAUCUAGUCCUGCACCUCACAGGCCACCUCUGGUCUAAGGUCUAUAAUGUUCUCUAAUUCUACUUUUCAUUUUUGUUUCUGAUAAAUUUAAACACUUGCUCAAGACCACAUCCAAAGGAGAAAAUGUGCUAA